AUGGAUCCUGCCACCGUCACCAUCGCCCCGAUGGCCUUCCAACCGCUUUACUACACUCAGCCUUCCUUCUUUGAGCACCUCAACUACGAUGUACGCCAAAUUAUUUACCAGUUCAUGGAAAACCAUCUACCGCCCGUAUCGCACUCACUCCAUUACGCCGGCUUCGCCCUCUCCUGCAAACAAGCCUACACCGAGAUCCGACAACCAGCCAUGAAAGGUCUCCGCCGUUUCCUAGAAGAUUUCCAGCGUAAUCUUGAAAGAUAUACCUCCACAUCUCUCAAGAUCAUCCCAAACGUAUCCCUCGACAGCCCAUUUACCUCCGUCCGACACAUCACCCUUCGAAUCCCGCCAUCCCUAGUCACAUCCUCCUUCGACACGCAACUCGACAAAGCCGUCGUCGCCCUCCGUCCAAUCCUCUCAGGUCGUUUCCAAAAAGCCACACUGCUGUUCGUUGACCCGCAUAACGAAUAUCCGGCCAACUUCAAGACCGCAAUGCGUGUCUCCUCGGGUUUUGCACUCUUCCGCCUUUCCCAGAUUAUCAUGGACGAACGCAAAGUCCAGUCUAGUAUCACAGCGCUCUCGAAGUAUGUUUCGAAGUUGCCAGGAUAUGAUGCCGUGCACCCCAAUACUACUGCGCAACCCUAUUCUGCUGACUUCACUGGCACACUGCUAUAUGAAGGGCAUGACUUGCCGCAUCCAAUUAGCACGACGAAUAUCCAGAUCGCAUGGGACUGGCGGCCUGAAGAGCUUAUCAGUACACCAUCUACACUUCGUGGAUACCUACACGAGUACUCCGCGCAGGCUGAGAAGCAUCAAGAGCCCACGUGGCCGCAGCUGUAUGUCGUUGGCAGCGAUGAUAAGAGUGUUGGGAUGCAAGGCGUUGUUUGUAAGCAAAGGUGGAAUGUGUCUGAGAGUGUGAGGGUGUACUGGCUGUUACAGGAGCACAGGUAUAAGAGCUUGAGGGGGUACUGUUGGAGUGAAGGUGUUGGGAAGGACGUGCAGCAAGGACUGGGUGGGAUGAGUGCAAAGGAAUUCCAGGAGAGGAAUCCGCCGUUGGUUUUGGCUGCUCUAUUUUGA